AUGGCCCAGAAGACAUCCCUAAGUGGCAUAACUGCGAUCGUAAUUGGCGCAGGUUAUGGAGGACUCUCCGCAAGUAUUGAACUAGCCCUAAAGGGUGCUGAUGUUCAAGUCUUUGAAUCUUAUCCCGACAUGACCAAACAAGCAGGGGACGUGAUUCAAGUACCGGCAAACGCAACCAGGCUUAUGAGCCGAUGGGGUGAUGUGUUGAGCGAGACUGUUAAGGAGUCAGCGCUACCAACAGUUCUUGCGAUUCAGAAUAAGGACGGAAAACUCCUCUUUGAUCAACAACUCCAUACUGAGUUUGGUGGCUUCCCCAACAUUUAUAGUCAUAGGGGCAGAAUCCAAAAGAGAUUGUUCGACGAGGCCGUGAAGCAUGGGGUCCGAGUAGACUUUGGAGCAACCGUGACCGAGGUUUUUGAAGAGGGGGAUUCUACCGGUGUCAUUGUUGGUGGUGUUAAGUAUACCGCCGAUGUUGUGCUUGCAUCUGAUGGAGUUCAUAGCCGGACCAGAGGCUACGUCACUGGCGCUGCAGAAAGGCCAAAGAAGAGUGGCUUCGCUGUAUAUCGAUCUUGGUUUCCCCUCGUCCAGUUGAAGAACGACCCUGUUACAAGAUCAAUCUACGAGUCUAAGAAAGACUUAUUCCAAAUCUGGAUAGGAGAAAAUACGCAUGCCAUUCUAACGACAAAUCGCGCACUUCAAACUGCGACAUGCUUCGUCACUCACAAAGAUCUCUCGGAUGUUGUAGAGGACUGGAAUCUCCCUGGAGAUGUCGAGGACAUGUUGACUUGUGUAGAAGGGUGGGAUCCGGUUCUUAGGCACGUUAUCCAACACAUUCCUCCUGAAUGCCUCAUUGAUUACAAACUUCUUUGGAGAGAUCCCGUCUCGAAAUGGGUAUCAGACGGCGGCCGUGUUUGUUUACUGGGCGAUGCGGCACACCCACACCUCGCCACUUCUGGCACUGGAGCAGCGCAGGCGAUUGAGGAUGCCGCUACGAUCGCAGUCGUCCUUGAAAAAUUUGGGAAACAAAACAUCCCACUUGCUCUCAGAUCUUAUGAGAAACUACGUUACGAACGGACAAGCCUCACCCAGCGGAUGGGAUGGGAGACUCGCCACGUCUGGCACCAGACUGACUGGAAUGCUGUUGCCUCAAACCCUGAAUUUCUGAAGCUUCCUCAGCCAGCCUGGCUGCUUGGUGUGGAUGCAGUUGACUACGCCGAGGAGAACAUCGAAGCGGUGAAAUCUCAUUUGCUGGAUGGAGCGCCGUUUCAGUCAAAAAAUGUGCCACCCUGA